AUGAUGCUUUGGCUGUGUCUGGCAUACGGUGGUUCGGACAUUACACGCUGUUUCUUCUGGCUUCUGCAGAGGGCAGGCUUUCCAUACAGGGACUGUCAGCUCUCCAGCAGGCUAGACUGUCAGCUACUACAGCAACUCAAGGAGGUCUUCUGUCACCUGGACCAGGACAUCUCAGGACUACAAGACCAUGAGUUCCGCACACGUUUCCCAGAGGCCCCAGCUCUUCUCUACCAGAUUCGACUAGGAGACGAAAAGCUCCAAGCCUCCAUGGCUCUGUUCUACCCCAGCAUGUUUGGGAUAGUAGGCCAGAAGAUGACGUCAUUACAGUACCGUUCCCAAGGCGACUCGGAAGACCCUCACGAUGAGCACUACCUGCUUGGAACCCAGAGCAAACAGGACCAGUCAGCUAAAGGAUCAGCAGACCGCAAGUCCCUUCCCAAAGCAGGGGGUCUGGAGGGGGAGCUGGGCGUCCAGGGCGGGGGGGACCCCUCUGACCCCCGUGGGGGUGGGGGCCACAGCCAGGAGGUAGAGCUGGGCCCCUCCCAGAGUGAAUGUCUGCUGGGAGGGGCCGAGCUGGAGGAGUCCCCCUCCGCCUUGCUGUCCAGGAAGACGGCCAUGUCCCAGUUUGAGGGCAAGGCCCUGGGCCUGGAUAAAGCCAUCCUCCACAGCAUCGACUGCUGCGCGUCAGACGAGACGAAGCGUAAGAUGUACAGCUCCAUCCUGGUGGUGGGCGGCGGCCUGAUGUUCCACCGUGCCCAGGACUUCCUGUUACACCGCAUCAUCAACAAGAUGCCGCCUUCCUUCCGACGGCUGGCUGAAAACGUGGAGGUCAUCACCCGCCCCAAGGACAUGGACCCACGCCUGAUCUCGUGGAAGGGUGGUGCCGUGCUGGCGUGUCUGGACACCACCCAGGAGAUGUGGAUCCACCAGAGGGAGUGGCAGCGCUUCGGGGUGCGUAUGCUCCGAGAGAGGGCCGCCUUCGUCUGGUGACCCCUGACCCCGCCCAGCGGACUCUGCUGGAGUUGGGGUCUCGAGGCCAACCACCUCCACAGCAGGACACACUGGACCCACCCUGACUGAGGGGAUGAGGACUUCAAGAUCACUGUACAGUAACUAUGGCCUUGUCAGGUCAUAUAAACCUGUGUGUACUUGACUCAUGGAGUCUUGAACUGUAAUAGUAUCUAUGGUCACAGCUGUUAGGAUGUACCAUUUCAGGUUGCAGUUCUGACAUUCAUCGUAGAGAUUGUUUGGAUAUAUUUUUGGCUACAUGGAGACUAAUCUUCCAAAUGUCGUAUUCCUAAUGAAUACAUGUUGUUUGUCUUUGUGGAAUAAAGUGAAUGUUUUUUCCAA